AUGGAGGAAGCAAAUUCAAGCAAGAGCGCUGGCAUUAAUUCUUCUCCACAAUUUAGUGUCUCGGAGGCGAAUCGUCGGCGGUUUCAGAUGGAGUUGGAGUUCAUUCAGUGUUUAGCCAAUCCCUGGACAGAUUUAGCUCAACAAGGCAACUUCGACGAUCCAACCUUUCUCAACUAUCUUCGGUACUUGAAGUGCUGGCAGAAGCCACAGUAUGCGAAAUAUAUAAUUUAUCCGCAUGCCUUAUACUUCCUUGACCUACUGCAAAACGCAAGCUUCCGAGAAGCUCUUAAAGUUCAAGAUACUGCAAAGACUAUUCAUUCCAAACAAUACUAUCAUUGGAUGGCUUGGAGGAAUGUUGGUGACGAUGGGCAAGCAAUUCAACCAAUGCUUCCUCCCGAUAUUGAGAGCUCUCCUUACAUACUCGGCAAUGGCUUUGCAGAUAAUAGAGAAGGUGAAAAUGGCUCAGCUGAUGUUAACAACACGCUUUGGUGA